UACGCUUCAAAGCAUGUUUACCAGUGAAUUUUUAGAUUUUGUUGAUCCAGGGAACAUUUCAACAAUAACAAAGUUGCUUCUGAAGGAAAAUAUAAACAAUCUACGAAUAUUGCAUAAUGGACCAUGUGACACGAUGGAAUGCUUCACCCGGUGAACUUUCACUGUGACGUUUGAACUGUGAAUGGUGCUGUUUGUUUCGAGUGGCUCAGCAUUUGAGCGGAAAAACAAUCCUUCACAGCAUAUUUUGCGGGCGAAUAGGAGAGUGCUGAAAAAUGAAUUUAAUGCGCUUUUUCACUCUGUUAACUUCUGCUCUUUCCCCGAUGGGAAACAACUCUUCAUUUGAAGUCGACCCAGACACCCUUGAAGAUAUCGAUGAUGCCUUCCCUCUGUCCAGAGGCCGUGACAGUAGCCGGGCCACGGCCAUCGAAGCAUCAGGUGAGAUCCUGGGGGAGGAGCUCUCUGCCGCUGCGGUCAACGCGUGCACCCUGGAGCCAGACGCGGUGCGUACAGGCUGUGGCCGCAGCUCCAACCUUACGCAGGCUGAGUGUCAGUCGAGUGGAUGCUGCUGGGAGCCCCAGGGUGACCUGGAGCCGGCGUGCUACCAGCGGCACGGCCUCCCAUCGGUGGUGGAGGAUGCAGCUUACUGGCAGCAAAUCGGCAUCACAGCAUUAAACCAAGCCCUCCUGACCCAACCGAUUGUGAGGACAGCAAAGAAUAUCAUCCUGUUCAUAGGGGAUGGCAUGAGCCUUUCCACAGUCAACGCAGCCCGCAUCCUCAAGGGUCAGAUGGCCGGACACACGGGAGAGGAAUCCCACCUCUCCUUUGAAGACUUCCCACACACCGCACUGCUGAAGACAUACUGCGUGGACAGGCAAGUUCCCGAGUCUGCGUGCACGGCCACAGCCUUGCUGUGUGGGAUAAAGAGCAACGCCAACACCAUCGGGGUGUCCCACAGUGUGCAGUUCGAAGACUGUGGCACAAUGAGCCCCCAGACCCAGGCCGACUCCAUCCUCAAAUUGGCGGCUCAAGCAGGGAAGACAACGGGGCUAAUCAGCACGGCACGGGUGACGCACGCAACCCCGGCACCGCUGUAUGGGCACUCGCCCAGCCGCGCAUGGGAGCACCACGUACCGGCCCCCGCACGUGACCUCGGCUGCCAGGACUUGGCCACGCAGCUGCUGCAGCACAGCGAGCACAUUCAGGUCAUUCUUGGUGGCGGUCGGAGUAAUUUUUUCCCGAGCUCUGUGAAGGAUCCUGAAUACCCAGAGACGCACGUGGGAAAGAGGCAGGAUGGACGGAACCUCGUGCAUGAGUGGCUUGCUCGCACGUGGGGUAAAAAAUCUGACUACGUUUGGACAAAGAAGGACUUUGAAAAUAUUAACCCCGAGGACACGAAUUACCUUCUUGGACUCUUUGAGCCGGGACAUAUGGGAUGGGCUCCCAGCCACCUUGAACGGAAUGACCCGUCCCUGGCAGAAAUGGUGGAAAAGAGUCUGAAGAUCCUGCAGAAGAACAAGCAUGGCUUUUUCCUCUUUGUUGAAGGUGGGCUGAUUGACAAAGGCCACCAUGAGGGCCGAGCGUCGCGGGCGCUGCACGAGGCGCUGGCUCUGGACAAGGCGGUGCAGCGCGCCCACGAGCUCACCGACCCAGCCAACACGCUGAUCGUUGUCACGGCAGACCACGGCCACACGCUCACCAUCGGCGGGCACCCCAGCAGAGGCAACCCCAUACUGGGGCUAGUGGACACGGAAGUGAGCGAUGUGGACUACCUACCCUUCACCACGCUCGCCUAUGCCAAUGGGCCUGGGCACAGCACUCGUCGCGACAUUGUGGAUACAGCUGCAGACGACUACAGAGUGAAGAGCGCGGUGCCACGGACAAGGGAAACGCACAGCGGGGAGGACGUCCCCGUGUUUGCGAGCGGUCCCAUGGCCCACCUCCUGCGUGGAGUGCAGGAGCAGACCUACGUGGCCCACGUUAUACGCUAUGCCGCAUGCCUGGGCAGUUAUCGCGAGAGCCACUGCACCCGAGAGGGCAGGACGCCCAGUUAAAAGGCCUUGGCAUUCUCUUCUUUGUUGAUGUAUGGAGAAAUAACUUUGAAUUUACGUUGGUGCCUUAGUAUUUGGUGUUUGGGCAGCAUUCAAUGGUCAGUUCUGGAUGACAGUAGUCGCACACUGUAGAUUUUUACAUUUCACAUUCGUGCUUCACGUAUCCGUAUCUGCAUCGUUUGUGCCGAUGCUGUUUAAGGUUGCCCAUAAACUUCGUUGAAGAUCGUAGCUGUUAGUUCUUUCUGCUCUUUAAUGAGGUGUUUGUGACUUAGUGGCCUUUGUGCACAGCAGUGCAUCUGCUGUAGAACAUUUCCCUACUACAUAGCAGCCGACCAUUUGUAUACUUUAGGGAUGAGAUUGGGAUUUUAAAACGUCAAAUGCAGGAUACCCGAAUAUUCGCGGGAGCACCUUCCUGGAGAAUAUUAAAACUCAAAGUUAAAAAAAUAGGUUUAGGGAGCGUAAAUAUAUUGCAUUUAAACAUAAACUGUAUGUAUAUAUUAAUGAAUAAAUUGUAUGGUAGUUUGUGUUAUUUAACAUACCUUUUAUAAUGAUGAAUAUAAAUAUUUAAAAAAAUAGGGUUAAAUAAAUUUAUAGUUCACGGUAUUUCCCCACUUCUCUCUCCCCCCCUACUGCCGAGGCCUUACUAUAUAACCUCGUGCCAUGGCAGAUCUCUCGCCUACUUCAGCAGU